AAUGAUAAGGCACAAUUUUAAAAAUUGCAAGAGCACUUAGUUGCUACCGAACUACGACGAAGUGUGGGUCGCCUUCUCUCUCUCUCCACAAAGAAAAUGAAUGGAAGCCGGUGGGACGGUUGCACGAUGAACAAUUACAACUACACGAAGGCCGCGGAAAUAGGAUACAGUGCUUCUAUUGAGAACCCCGACUCCAUCGCCAUAGCUGGUGACCACUCUCCGGUUCGGUGUCACGUAAGAGACUUCAAUACCACCGAAUAUAAAUCCACCGUCGUUAUUGAGUGGGACUUGGUGUGUGAGAGACGGGCUCUCUAUUCAACCACUCAAGCAGCAACGCAAGCUGGUGCGCUCGUUAGCUCUUUGGUGUUCGGCUACUUCUUGGACAGAUUUGGCCGUCGACCCGUCAUCCUGGCCUGCGUCCUGUUGUCCUUGAUCAGCUGUUUGGCAUCGACCGUGGCUCCGGUGUUCUUGUUCUACGUCAUCAUGAAGUCUUUAGGGUCGUGUUUCCUCAGUGGUGUUUACGUGGGAUGCUUCGUUCAAGUGAUGGAACUCAGCUCGCAGAGCCAGCGAUCGCUGAUGGGUACUCUGUUUGUGAUGCCCUGGGCUUUCGGUUACAUGUUAACACCUUUCAUAGCUUACUUCAUCAGACCGUGGCGAUGGCUCCAAGCUGCCUAUACAUUACCGAUCCUUCUCCUCCUGCCUUACUUCUGGCUGUUACCUGAAUCUCCCCGCUGGUUGAUUUCGGCGGGGUCCCCAAGGAAAGCCGCUGAGGUCCUGUCCGCCGCUGCGAAGGCCAACGGUAGAGUCUUGCCACCUAAAGAAGCUCUCGUGGUCUCCUUGAAUGCCAUGAUUCCACUGAAAAUCGAAAAACCUACGGAAAAAAUAAGCCAUGUUAUAAAGAGUAACAUGAGGCACCUAUUUUCUCUGAUAACUGAUUCAGACUUUCGAGUGAAAACACUCAUCUGUUAUUUCUGCUGGUUUGGUGUUUCUAUGGUGUAUUCUGGGGUUUCCCUUAAUGCUGAAGUCAUGAGCGUGAACCUUUAUAUUUACGUGUUUUUGGGAGGCGUCAUAGAAGUCGUAUCGUACCUCUUCCUCGGACUUAUGCUGAGGUAUGUUGGAAGGAAAUCCCUGCUGGUCAGUGUGUACCUCCUGUGCGCCAUCACUAUCUCCGUCAUUGCCGUACUGCUGGCUAUUUUUGACCAAGUAUCCAUGGGACUCAUAAUGUUCCUCUCCCUCUCCGGGAAACUGGCGAUAACAGCUGCAUUCCACCUCGUAUAUAUUUACACAGCCGAGCUCUUCCCAACCACCCAUAGGUCGCUAGCCGUUGGGCAGUGUAACGUGAUGGCUCGAACUGGGGGCAUCGUAUCUCCUUAUAUCAACGAUUUGUUGGGUGCCGUCAUCAGCUGGGGUCCCUCUGUUCUCUUCUCAUUUGUGUCUCUUGUGGCCGCAGGCUUAGCCCUGAUCCUGCCAGAGACGAAGGGAACCAAUUUAACUGAGAAAGGGAUUAAACUUAGAAAAUCUGAAAUAGAUACAGAUACGGACGAGAACGAGGCGCUGAUCAACCGUGCAUGAAGAGCAUUCAGUCACCUGUUACACGUCACUGAGUCGUUGUGCUGCUGAAGUAGCUAUACUGAAGAUUAUCGGUAAGGGAAGAUCCCGCAGGACGAAUCAUUUCGGAAAUGACAGAAGAUGAGCCAACUCUUCAUCUGUGUGAUAGGUGAUAGGAUCUGAAAUUUUGUAUGUUGCCUCAACGAUACAAAGUACGAUCUUAUGAGAGCGAUGGAGGCGUGACAGAAUAGAAAAAAAAAUAAUGAUAAGAGUAUUUCCUUCAAGAGCCUUUGUGAAGCGUGGAAACAUCUGAGGUUUGAUAUCACGUGGUCGAGGAACGCUUUUCAUAAAUGGGACUUUUAUAUCCAUCAACUUAUUUCGACAUUUGUGCGAACUUCCUCUUGACCGUUUUAUGGCUGACUCGCUAAAAAUGGCAGCAAAAGCCUCUGAUUUGGAGGCUCUCGACAAAAAUGUCGGGAAAUCAAUAAGCGAUUUUUGCGUAAGAUCCGAAGAUAAAUAAAUAUAUGCGCAUGGUAACAGUAGAGAAGAUUUCUGCUGAAGAAAACGUGUUUCCACAGUUUCAUCGCUGGUUUGACAGAAAAUAAUCAAAAUGAAUGUGAGUCUUGUUAAAAUGCAAGCAUUGAAGGCCUUUGUAUUGUGUCGAAGGUAUUAGAAGGCACUUUACUACUAAGUUGACAGCUUUGCAAUUGCGUCAUUGGUAUAUAGACAAGAUAUUUAUGUGAUCAGUAGCUGAAAAUUAUUUGGUUUUAAUUGCUUAGAAACAGGAUAAGAAAAUAUUGAUCAUCCGGGAAUUUGCAGUUUCUGUGCCUGUGGUAUCUUCGACUAGACAGGGUUUUAUUCAUUUAUUUUUUUCUUAGAGAACGGCUUUGGGUUGUGGUAGCAGCAGAGGUUUGAUAGACAGUAAAGCAGCUGUACUAUUCAAACCUUUAUCCCAGCAGGGUUUUAUUUGUAAUGGAAGAAUUCCUGUAUACUGACGGUGCUUCUAAGUUUUCAGCAAUCAUUCAAUAUUAGUUUUAAUAUGUGACCAUGUUUCUUUCUGAUUUUCUAAGAGGCUACCCUGGUAUCAGAGGAUGUUUCAAGUAAUAUAUUUGCUCGUAAAUGUUCAUUUUUGAAUCUUAGCAAUUGUAUUGUGUUAAGUCUUGUUCUUAAGAGUUCUAUUUAUUAAGUAUUUUGUUGUUUGGAUAUCGUGUCGUAAGUAAACAUUUUACUGCUUUUGUUUUCUAAUAUUUUGUUCUCAAAUCUUACUUCUUAUAAGUAACGUAUUUCAGGGGCAGUUUCUAGUCUUUUGAGCAACUCCAUUAUAAGAGUACAUGCUCACUGAAACUAUCAGCUCUACCUUUAUAGUAGGGGCUUACAUUUAUUUAGACAAAUAGACACAUGAUAAUGUAAAAUGGUCUUAUUAUGUAUAGAUGUAUACUUUAUAAAAUGAUCAUGGAUAUUAAAUUUCAUAUUUAUGAAAUAAAACAUAAUGAGAAUUUUUCUAUUUUUGUGAAUUUAUAUAUAAAUAAAUGUAUAUAAUAUA